AUGUCGCCCUACCAACUUGUAUAUGUGAAGUCAUGCCAUUUGCCAGUAGAGCUAGAGCAUAAGGCCAUGUGGGCGCUAAGGAAGUUGAAUUUGGAUUGGGGAGCUGCAUCAGGUCAAAGAGUGAAUGACAUGAAUGAGCUUGAUGAGUUUCGCCUAAAAGCGUUGCAUUUUUUACCUAGUAAGUUCAAGUGCAAGUGGACUGGGCCAUUCAGAGUCACUCAAAUAUUUCCACAUGGAGCGGUCGAGCUUGAGAACAAAGAGGGAACAAGGAUCAAAGUGAACGGGCAACGAAUCAAGGUCUACAUGGGGAAGUCGGAGAGUGUCCAAGAAGUGAUAGACACCUACUAUCUUGAUAAAGUGAUUGUUGUAACGUUAUCAAAGACACUUAAUCCGAUUCUAAGCGUCAACGAUCGUUAA